CAGCACGAAAACAAGCAUCGUGUGCCGCUGGCUAAGAUGUAAUUAGAAGUAAUCAAAACAUAGUUUAAACACAUUCCAAAAUACCAGUGAGAAUUUUCAGAAAAAAAAUAAUUACAAUGCCGGCUAUAGUAUAAAAAAUUGCAAAAAACGAAAAUAAUUUUUGACAUGACAGUAUGUGAUUAAUAUCAACUGAGCCACGGUCGUCGCCAUUUUCGAGCCAAAUCGUGUGAAGUGGAUGAAAGAACCUAACCUUGUCCCGUUCCCCUAUUUACGGACCUUGAAUAUACCUCGAGAGGAGAUCGGUUUGAUAUUGUCUGUAGUCUGCUAGUCUCGAAGAUAUUGUUUUGUUUUGAUCGAUCUGAUUAUAUUACUCGAAAGUAAAUAAACUUUUUGUAAUAAAUUUUUGAGGAUGACGACACUCAGGCCUUUCACGUGCAAUGAUUUAUUCAAAUUUAACAACGUGAAUUUAGAUCCUCUCACGGAGACAUAUGGGCUUUCAUUUUAUAUGCAUUAUCUUGCACAUUGGCCAGAGUACUUUCAAGUGGCUGAAUCUCCAAAUGGCGAAAUAAUGGGUUAUAUUAUGGGAAAAGCAGAAGGACAUGGAGAAUACUGGCAUGGUCAUGUAACUGCUCUCACAGUUUCUCCUGACUAUAGGAGACUGGGUCUUGCUGCAAUGCUGAUGAAGUUUCUGGAGGAAGUUUCUGAAAAGACGAUACUGGAAUAUUAUAAUGGAGAUCCAGAUGAAGAUGCAUAUGAUAUGAGGAAAGCUUUGUCAAGAGAUGUGAAAAAGAAAUCUGUAAUUCCAUUGACGCAUCCUGUGAGGCCUGUGGAAGUAGAUUGAAAGAUCGCUUCCGACCGAAACAGGUUUGAAUCGUCAGUCCAAGUGAUCGAAACGCACCUUGGUCGAAAACGCAAACACCACUAAAUACGACGCUUCGAAUUUUCGAGAUAUAAAUGUAAGAUGACUAUGUGAAAUGAGCUUAUAUACAGAUGUGCGUAUACGUUAUG